UCAACAAAUUUGUUGUUUUUUUUAUUUCCCUUUUGUCGUAAGAGAAAAAAAAAAAGCCAAACCAUACAGCUGACAUUGUAGGAGACAGAGAUUCAUUUAUCGACGGGACGGAAAAGGAAAGGACCAGAUGCCAUGGACAACAACAUAAUGAACAUGGAGGAGGCUUCCGCCGUAGCGCCAUCCCACCAGCAAGGACAGAACGAUGUCGGUAAGGACCUGCUCGUGUUGGCUCGUAACCUUGUCGAUCAAGGCAAUCCUUCUCAGGCUCUUCAAGCGGCUUCUGAAGACUGCAUUGAUGGUACAAGUAUUGGUGGUGGUGAUGGCCAUGAGAACUAGAGGUGGUGAUGAAGCAGUAUUUCAGUCAUUGUACCGUGCUCGUGAAGUGUACAGAACUAGAAUGCAAGAAAACACCACAGUCGAUCAGCUGGCUUCUCUGUUUGCUGAGUGUGUCAUAGCUGAAGCCCAGCCGAUAAAAGCCGAAUCAUUACCAUGCACCACCAUCGUUCCAUCAGUCGCAUCAGAUGCUCAGGGAACUUCCAUUCUUGCCGAAACAGGCAGAAUGCAAAUUGUAUUGGAUGCAUUCGCCGAUGGAAGCAGCUUUAUCUGUUUACAGUGUGGCGGUCUUGUUAGUAAGCAUCGCAAAGAUGAGCAUUAUGCAUAUUGGUGCGGCCAUAUGUAAAUUUGCUCACUUUAUAGAUUUAUUCUAGCAAAACUGUCAAAAUAAUAUUUUUUAU